UGCCCUUAUGCCCAUUGUUUAUGUUAUUUAUUGCAGAUGAUGUAUUUUAUUCUCAUUCUGUCAUUCUAUUUUCAACGUGUUUCAGCUAGGUUAGAAAUGAGCAAUUUAUUCUGAUCUAUUUCAGAACUCAAUAUUGGCGCGAAUUGUUCACCAUGGAUGUAACACAAAAUGAGUCCACAAGUGUGGACUCCUUGUUGUAUUGCCGCGCCUGUCUGUCGACCCACGGGAGACUGUUCAAUAUUCAUGAAUAUAAACUUGCAGACGCCUUCGCGCACAUCACAGGGAUUUAUGUUGACCAAGACCAACUUCCGCAGUCCCUGUGUGUGUACUGCGGCACUCAACUGCUUAAAAGUGCAUCUUUUAGAAACAUGUGCCUGCACACACAACAGAGUUUAACCUUGGAGCUCGUCAAAGAGAAGCAUUAUAUGGAAGAUAUCCACAAAAUAAAUACUUCCAACCCAUUCCUGGACCUAACUUUAACUGAAAUCCAAACCAUAGAAUGUAUAGAUAUAGCACCAGCUGACACAGCCAUAGAAUGUAUAGAUAUAGCACCAGCUGACACAGCCAUAGAAUGUAUAGAUAUAGCACCAGCUGACACAGCCAUAGAAUGUAUGGAUACACCGGCAACUGACACAAACAUGGAUUGCAUAGAUACUACAGAUAUAGAUCUCCCACUGAAUGAUAUUGACCCAGAGGAUAUAAAUAUAACCCUUGAACCAAAUUUAGACUUUGCUGAUGUCGACCAUGCUAUGAGGAGACACAAUCCAAAUGCGAAAUCUACUGAUUCGAAAUAUGAAUAUAAUAAUAAAACGUCGAUUCAUAAUAAUAUUCUUAAAACAAAUGUGAAAUAUGUUGUAAAGAAAACUGAUACAAAGAUAGCAGAUGAAAACUUAAAGCAAGUGUUGAAUGCAAACAAUGACCUUCGUAAACCAAGUGUAAAACUGAAUCAAAUAGAUGGUACUAUAGAAAUAACUGAUACAAAAAUGAAAGAUGCGAAGAAAAAACUUAAUAUUAAAAAACGUUCUUAA